CAAAACAAUAAGGCCUGUUUUGAGUCGGACCUGAACUUUUCCUAAAUCUCGAUCGUAUUGUUGACCCAAAGCACACCCACUUUGCGAGUUUGACGUCUCCAACCACAGACUAACCUUUCGGGAUUUCUGAAUCACGAUUCCGCCGACACUAAGAAAAGGCGCCGCUAUACCUCCAUAGGAACUACCGGGGUUCGGGCUUAUUUCAGGCAACACCGACGUAUUUUAAUAGCCCAGCACUCUCCUUCCGCAACCUUAUCGGUCUCUUAGUUUGUAGAUUUUCUACAAAUAGCUUAUUGAACAUGUCUCAACCACCAUUAACUACAACGGAAAAGACCUUCAGCUCUUAUAACCAAGAGCAAGGAAACGCUUACGCUGCAGCACGUCCAGACUACCACCCUGGUCUGUACCAAUUCAUUCUUGAUCAACACAUUGCUACCAAUGGCCAGCUUGACACCCUCCUAGAUGUUGGUUCUGGACCAGGAAAUGUGGUUCGCUCGCUUGGUGUUCAUUUUGCUCAUGCUGUUGGACUGGAUCCCUCCGAGGGGAUGGUCAGCACUGCUCGCUCCCUAGGAGGCACUACGUCCACGGCUGAACCAAUCCGCUUUGAAUUGUCCACGGCCGAGAAGCUGGGUACAAACCUCUCUCCACCCAUACAGGAUGCAAGUGUCGAUCUCAUCACCGCUGGCAAUGCAGCGCAUUGGUUCGACAUGCCUCAUUUCUGGUCGACCGCUGCUCGUGUACUCAAGCCAGGCGGCAGCGUGAUUUUGUGGACUAGCGGUCGGACACGUAUUCACCCCUCGGUCCCCAAUGCAGCUGCCAUCCAAGCGGAGAUGGAUCGGAUCGAGGAGGAGUAUCUAGUGCCAUACUUCGUUCCAGGGAAUUGGCUCGUUCGCGAUAGAUAUAGUGAUCUGCCGCUUCCUUGGACCUUGGAGGUUCCCAUCACGGAAUUUGACGAAUCCACGUCCAGUCGAAAAGAUUGGGACAUCGAGACCGACUUCUACGCCAUCAACCCCGAAGUAAACCUGGACCUGUUUGAAAAGAUCACUGCAACAGGGAGCCCUGUGACUCGAUGGCGCCAGGCUCAUCCCGAAACCAUUGAUACCGAACGUGAUGUUCUCAAGAUUUAUCGGAGGGCAAUCGAGCGCCUGUUGCAUGAGGCCGGUGUGGAAGAAGGCAAGGAAGUGAUAAAAGGUGCCACACACGGGGUGGUUCUCGUUGUAAAGAAGAAGUUUUGAUUUGCCCCAGUAACUCUCUUUGUUUUCCAGUCGCAAAUGGCUAUUAUCUGGUCAACCUUGACUAUUUGAUGUCUUACGGAGCUCUCUGCUGCUGUAUACGCAACUAUUGUCCAUAGAAACACGCAAGCAAACCGGCUUAGCCUAUACGUCUUAUUUGCCUUGUCCGUUCAGAUGUAAUAAUCUAUCUGCGCUAGUCUGAGAAGCAGCUUACCAUUGG